CCGUAGUCGUAUCAUUCGUCCUUGCUUCCACGUGGGUUAAAUGGCAUAACACUUUUUUUUAUUACAACAAACAAAUUAUUUUAUUACAGGUGAACGGACAUAAACUAUCAAGACGUUGGGUGGUUUGUUUUUCCCUCAUGGGUUUCUUGUUAUAAGAUAAAAUCAUGUUCGGAAGACGGAUUCCCUUUCAUCAGAUCGCAGUUGCGACCCUGGUCGGAGUGGUGGGAGGCGUGUACGUGUACAGACCGAUGUUUGAGACGCCCAAAAAACCUCCAUCUGCACCAGAUCAAGAGCUCGAACCCCAACCACAGGAGCAGAGAUCAGCAACCACACCAGAGACUGCUAACCCACAAUAAUGUGACAAAUAUACAUGAUGUGCCUAAAGUUGAAUGUUAUUUUCAAUUAGUUGUUUUCAGAAUAAAUUGCCUUAUUUAAAUUAUAAAAUGUUCUACUGUAUUCGUCAAAGCAUGCUUUUUUUUAUCGCAACGUUUUGAACGUUUGUUAAACUUUAAUUUGUAGCGUUACGAUGACAAUUUCCACCACACGGUGGCACUACAAGCACACGAACAGCUUUUGCACAUUUGUACAAACACGCAACAGGCCCGCAAAGUUUUGAUUGUUUUUCAAUAGAUUAAACAGUUGGUUUUGUUGAUGAGCAAAGCGCGGCACUUACCAAAGGUUAACAUUUAAAACUGCCUUCCAUUUGUGCUAAAGGGAGAGGAAAGAAAUAACACCGUACUAUGCCCAAGGCUUAUGCAGUACAUAUUAAAGGGAUACU